UUCGGGCAAGAGGAAACACACUGGUGUUCGGUUGGUUCUUAUGAUGGCCCGGGCGCCAUGAUGGAAGUCCCCAUGGCUGCUCUGCAAUCUCUCGUCUCAGAAUGGCGGCGAGAACAUGAAUCUGACGACCUCCCGAAAUCUCACUGCUCGCGCGCUUCGGGUUGCUCUCGCCCAUGCGUUCUCCUCACCGACCCCAAUCGAUCCUCAAGCGUGCGCUUCGUUGCUCCACGCCUGCGCCCGCCUUGGUUGUGUCACAGAGGGCAGAGGCCUUCAUGGCUACUUAAUCACCAACGUUGGCUGCCCUGGCUUGUUUCUUUCCAAUAACCUCAUCAAUAUGUAUGCGAAGUGCGGUUGGCUGGGAUACGCCCGGAAAGUGUUUGAUGAAAUGCCUGAAAGAAACGUGGUUUCCUGGACUGCACUGCUUAGUGGCUAUGAUCAGGGAAACCAGCCUCGCCUAUGCUUAGAGAUAUUUUCUCAAAUGCAUGAAUGUUUGUUCAUGUGUGCACCCAAUGAGUACACUUUUGGUAGCGUGCUCAGUGCUUGUGCUUCCUUGGGGGGCUUGCCAGCGAAAGGCCAGCAGGUGCAUUGUCUCGCCAUCAAGACAGGAUUUGAUCCUCAUGUUUAUGUUGGAAAUGCACUCAUCACCAUGUAUUCUAGGUGUGAAGAUUCGCUGCAACAUGCGGAGUUGGUCUUCUGCACAAUGCCCGAGUCCAAUGCCAUCACAUGGAAUUCGAUGAUCGCCGGUUACGAGUGUUGUUCUCGUCACCUUGAAGCCUUUGGCCUCUUCAUACAGCUGCACCGGGCUGGAGCUGGGCAAGAUCGUGUGACUUUGAUGAGCAUUCUGUCCUCGUGUUCCUCUUUCGAGAGGCUGGCACCGGGGCUUCAAAUCCACUCUCUGAUCACGAAGACAGGAAUGCUAAUGGAACUUGAAGUGAGUACCUCGCUCUUGAAGGUAUAUGCAAGUUUGGGCAGUGCAGAUGACUGUUUCAAAGUGUUCUUCUUGGAGAUGCCAACUAGAGACAUUGUUUCAUGGACUGGGAUGAUUACUGCCUACUCUCAGCAUGGUCCAGAACAAGCUCUGGAUUUGUUUCGGCAGCUAAAGAGGCACAGAGAGUCCCCAGAUAGGUUUACCUUUUCGAUUGUGCUCAAGGCUAGUGCAAAUUUGGCCACAAGACAGCACGGCCCAACAAUUCAUGCCCAGGUCAUUAGAUCGGGUUUAGAAUCAGAAGUUGUACUCUGCAAUAUCCUGAUACACAUGUAUGGAAGGUGUGGAAAAUUAGACUCUGCGGCUCAAGUGUUUCAAGAAAUGAAAGGACGAAAUAUUGUCUCUUGGAACUCAAUGAUAAAAAUUUAUGCAGUCCAUGGGCUUGCCACCGAGGCACUUGGAUUGUUUUCUGCAAUGCAAGCAAAUGGAGUACAACCUGACAGUGCCACUUUUGUAGGUCUACUCUCUGCUUGUAGUCAUGCUGGACUUGUGGAUGAAGGUUGCAAAAUAUUCAAAGAUAUGACUGUUAAUCAUGGAAUUGAACCGCUAAAAGACCACUAUUCAUGCAUGGUUGAUAUUCUUGGUCGUGCAGGGCGCUUGCAAGAGGCAGAGGAUCUGAUCGGGAGGAUGCCCGUGCAGGCUGAUUCUAUAAUAUGGCUUGCAUUGUUAAGUGCCUGCAGGGUUCAUGGAGACGUGAUAAUUGGAGCAAGGGCCGCUAAUAGGUUGCUUGAACUUGAGCCUAGUAAGUCAGCGCCUUAUGUGUUGAUCUCUAACAUGUACAUCGCUAGCGGAAAUCAGACUGAAGCUGCCCUCGUGAGGAAGAAGAUGAAAGAGAUCAGGGUGAAGAAAGAACCGGGGCUAAGUUGGAUAGAGAUUGAAAAUAAGGUCCAUAUUUUCAGAGUGGCCGAUAAACUGCACCCUCAGUCUGAUGCCAUCUAUGUUAUGCUUGAAAACAUGAAAAUGCGUUUAAAAGAUAAGGGCUAUGUCCCCUCUACUAAUCUGGUCUUGCAUGAGGUGGAAGAAGAACAGAAGGAAGAGCAACUCUAUUACCACAGCGAAAAGCUGGCUUUGGCCUUUGGGCUGAUGAGAAAUUCUAGUGAGUGCCCAAUUACGGUCAUGAAGAAUAUUAGGAUAUGUAUUGAUUGCCAUAACUUUAUGAAGCUGGCAUCUGACUGUUAUAAGCGGGAGAUUAUAGUGAGAGAUGCCAAUCGUUUUCACCAUUUUAGAGAUGGAUGUUGUUCUUGUAAAGACUAUUGGUAAUCUAUCAGAACUAGCAGAGAAUGCUGUAUUAAAUUAUUCA